AUGACAUAUUUCAAUAGCUGGGACGAAUUUGCGAAAUCGGUAGAGAGGUUGUAUUCGGUCAAUCCGAGUAAGUGCAGAUUCUCCACAAAAUACAACCACACUAAUGGAAAGCUUGUUCUGAAAAUGACGGAUGAUAUUGUUUGCCUACAAUACAGUACCGAUCAGGCACAGGACGUGAAGAGACUUGAAAAGUUGACGGGAACUCUGAUGCGCCAUAUCGCCUCCAGC